ACCAAAUUAAGCUUUUGCAUGAUGGAUCUUUUCAGUCUCCCUUAUCUUAAUUACUCUCUUGUGUUUCUUACCCUCACCACAUUGUAUUUCUACACUAAACUAAAAAGAUCCAACGACAAAGCUGCACCAGAAGCAGGUGGUGCAUGGCCAAUAAUUGGUCAUCUCCCAAUGUUAGGGGGAUCCAAGGCCGCUCAUGUAACUCUGGCAGCCUUGGCUGAUAAACUUGGACCUGCCUUCACGAUCCGGUUAGGUGUUCAUCCUGCCUUGGUGGUCAGUUCACGAGAAGUAGCCAAAGAAAUAUUCACCACCAAUGACAUGGCCGUUUCAUCUCGUUCCAAAAUGGCAGCCGCCGAACACAUGGGUUAUAACUACGCCAUGUUUGGGUUUUCUCCUUAUGGACAAUACUGGCGUGAAAUGCGAAAGAUAACAAUGUUGGAGGUUCUAUCCAAUCAUAGGAUCGAUCAGCUGAAGAAAGUUUUCGUAUCGGAAAUAGGUGGGUCACUGAAAGAUUUAUACAAGUUUUGGGUAGUUAAAAAGGUUGGCGAAUCGGGUGUUGUUUCCGUUGACAUGAAGAAACGGUUCUCGGACUUGACUUUGAACGUUAUUCUUAGAACCGUGGCCGGGAAGAGAUAUUCCGGCGUUGCUAAAGAAGAGCAGCAAGUGGUGUCACAGUACCGUAAGGCCUUGAGGGAUUUCUUCUAUUUGUCGGGCAUAUUCGUAAUAGGAGACGCAGUUCCGUUUCUCCGAAAGCUAGAUUUGGGUGGCUAUGAGAGGUGGAUGAAGAGAACUGCGGCGGAGUUGGACGACGUCGUUGGGGGAUGGUUAAAUGACCAUAGGAAGAAUGGACGUUGGGACGAAAGUAAAAAAGAAAGGGAUUUCAUGGAUGUUAUGAACUCUGUUCUUAAAGGUGCUGACCUUGCUGGUUAUAAUGCUGAUACUAUCAAUAAAGCUACUUCUUUGAAUAUGAUUUUAGCAGGGAGUGAUACGACAACAGUUACCCUAAUCUGGGCACUUUCACUACUGCUAAAUAAACCUCAUUUAGUCAGAAAGGCUCAAGAAGAACUAGACACACAUGUUGGCAAGGACAGGUUCGUGCAAGAAUCAGACAUUAGUAAUUUGGUGUAUAUCCAAGCCAUAAUUAAGGAGACAUUGAGAAUGUACCCUCCAGCACCACUUUCAGCACCCCGUGAGCUCAGUGAAAGCUGUUCCAUUGGUGGUUAUGAAAUCCGUAAAGGCACUCGGCUGAUCGUCAAUCUUCAUAAGAUCCAAAGAGACCCGAACGUAUGGUCGGAACCAUCCGAAUUCAAGCCGGAGAGGUUUCUUACGACACAUAAAGAUGUUGAUGUAAGGGGUCAGCAUUUCGAACUGAUGCCCUUUGGUAGUGGUAGGAGAAGCUGUCCCGGAACAUCUUUUGCACUCCAAAUGCUGCACUUGACACUGUCGAAUUUCCUACAUGCGUUCGAGUUCUCGAGACCAGGCGAUGAUUUGAUCGACUUGACUGGCACUGUUGGAUUAACCGACAUGAAAUCUACACCGCUCGAGACACUCGUCUCGCCACGCCUUGCUCCUCAGCUUUAUGUAUGAUCCAUGAAUCCAGGUGAAGAUCGCUAGCCUAAAGGGUGAAUCAGAUUUACACCUUUAUUGUGUUUACUGGUUGAUUUGUGCUGUAGUUUUUAUUUCUUAAACACCACUUUCCCUCUCUUUUAUUUCCCACACAAUGUAGCAAUGUUUAAAUAUAAUAUAUAUAAUAAAGGAAGAUUUCAUAUUUCA